GUGUGUGUGUGUCGAGAUGUCCGACUCUCUGCUGUCCGUGUGUGUGCUCUGUCUGCUGGCGCUGUCUGCGCUCUCGUCCGCCUGCUACAUCCAGAACUGUCCUCGAGGAGGCAAGAGAUCCCAGCCAGAGCCCCUCCGACAGUGUCCGGCGUGCGGUCCGGGGAACCAGGGCCGCUGUCUGGGCCCCAGUAUCUGCUGCGGGGCCGGUCUGGGCUGUCUCCUCGGCUCUCCAGAGACUCUCAGCUGUAUGGAGGAGAACCUGCAGCCGGGCCCCUGUGAGACGGGCGGGGCGUCCUGCGGGGCCCGGGGCCGGUGUGCGGCUCCAGGCGUCUGCUGUGACUCGGAGAGCUGUGUUCUGGAUCCAGACUGCUCUGAAGACGCUGGUUCUCGUCCGGAUGAAGCCGGAGCGGCUCUGAAGGCUGUUUCUGGGGAAAUGCUGCUGCGUUUGCUGGGUCUGGCCACUCGGAGACCGAGACCCUUCUGAAGCCGAGUCUCCUCCUCUCCGUCGCUCAGCUCUGUCUGUAAAUACUGUAUGUAGUAAACGGACGUCAAAGUCAA